AGGGGCGGGGGGCUAAGUCAAACCAAUUCUGUAUUCACAUCGUGUUAUCUUUGGUGACAGUGUGUUGACCUCGAGAGAAUUGAUGAAUUGCAUUGUACAGGCCACAAGGUGGGGAAUCAAAUAAGCAAUGCGACUUCGGGAUCUACACUUGGGAGUACUUUUCUUUACGUUAAUUAUCGCCAACCUUGCCAAUUUGGAAGAUCUAUGAAUAAAAAAUUCCCUGUGUCCGGUCAAUGCGCUAGUCAAGUUCAAUAUUACUAUCCAAGUCAAGUUUUGCUGUGUUUUCUUUUGCGGGGUAGAUUUAUUGCUGCUAACCCUGAUACUUACUGAUAGUUAGGGUACGUGUACCUACGCUUCUUCACCACCAGUUCACCACAAGGUUCUGCCAUGGAUGGAUAGCUUCCGAGUCCUGGUAUGAGAUGGCUCCUCCCUUUUCUCCGUAGCCGUGCACUUGUAGCGCGCUUCUUCAGUUUUUGUGCCAAAUGAAAGGAUGAUUUGCAUGCUGCAUUGGCCAUCUUCCUCUCUUUCAUUUUUGGAACAAUAAUUAUAUGCAUAUUUCUUCCAUGUAUCUGUUACAAGACUAACCAUGGUCGCCGACUUGUCAGUACUGUAGGUACAGUUAGGGACUGACGGAGGAACAUGAAUCAAUCAUCUUGAGGCCCUGUUUGGUUUGGCUGUGGAUUUCUAAAAAUAGCUGUAAAAAAUCUGUUGUGAAAAAAUAGCUGUGGAAAAUCUGAUGUGAAAAAGAUGUAGGUCAUUUGGCAAACCAGCUGAUACAACUUUUUUCAGAUUUUGGCCCGCGGCGGAAUCAGAUUUUGGAAAGCACGUCCUGGGCUGCUUUCGUUUUUGGUUCAGAUUUUGGCAGCGGAUUUCUGGAAUCGGAUUCUGCUGGGUUCGCCCUUUGGUUCAGAUUCUGCUGCGCGGCAGCGGAAUCCGUCGAUAAAAGCUGAACCAAACAGGGCCUGAAGCUGGUAAUAGCUCGCUGCGGAGAUAAGCAACAACUCACUCGGAUCUCAUAGUCCCCUUUCCCGUCGAGGUAUGUCCAUCCAUCCCCUGCAUAUUGCUUAGGUGCUCGUUACGUAUCUGAUAAACUGAAAAGACAAAAAAAACUGCAAUGAAGAGCUUACAAAAGACUGUGCUUAAGAGUUGAUUUGGAUCAAUUUAGAGACUGUACCAAAGUAUGUUUUCAUACUGUAUAUUUAUUUUUUACAGUUUCAUGGUUAUUUGUUUGGGAUUUUUUUCUGUAGACUUGAUCAAACGUAAAACUGUUUCGACUUAAGGAAAAAUUUAUUGGCCUCGCUCAGCUCACCUGGAUGGAUAGAGCACAUAGUACACAGUGGCUUGCUAUUUGUCGCUUUUAAACCUUAUAAGCAGUAUUUAUUGUGGUUAAGAAACAACUUUGGUCCUCAUUCUGUGUAACUUCACUAGCAGGACGUAUAGGCUGCUGCACACAAGAGCGAGAAUGUCAGGAAAAAUGGUGGAUGCGCGCGGCGUAAUCACAUCCAUUUUCAUCAUGUUGAAAGAGGACAUGUACGUCCUCAUCCGCAUCGAAUUCUUGGUGGCACUAGUCACGAUGAUGUUCCUGGUGAUGUUCAUCGUGGACUUUCACCGCUGCCGGUCUCGCAACUUGAUGGCAAUCAACAUGCUGCAGAUCAUUGAUGGCCUGUCCGAUCAUAUUGUGUAUUAUCUUCUAGGGGCCAUGCAGUCUGCAAGCUUCAGCAAUCAGAUGUUCCCGGUCUGGUCCAUCGUGCUGGUGAGCCUCCGUGCCAGCCUCGGCUACCUCUCUGGGUAUGGCAUCACGGACCGCGAGCGGCAGCUCACUGAGGCAGCAAACGUGAUAAAGUUCAUAGUAGCAGGGGUCUUGAAUGGCACACGCGGCCUGGAGUUUAAUGACCCACUCUGGUUACUCUAGGCCAUUCUGGUGCUGAGGAGCGUGUGCAGAUUUCUCGCACAUCAUAGGGCGAUCAAAUCCUUGUGGCACGGCCGUAGCUCGGAAUUCCUCCCGGAGUACAUGCAGGAAAGCCGCAGCGACCGUGAAAAGGGCGAAAACUUGGACAGCCAUCAAAUGUACCUGGUUUACGGAGAGUCAAGUCAGAAGGUCAAAUUGCAGAGGCCUGGGUAUACUCUGCAUCUCAAUGUCGUCAAUCCUGGAUCACUCAUCACACUGGAUAAGAUUUCAGAUUGCCCUGGGCAUCUGCUGAGCUCCAGCAACAGCAACACCAACAGCAACAGCAACAACAACAGCAACAGCGACAGCAAGAGCAACAAAUACAAGGAUAUGAGCCUGGCCUUCACACUGUCAAGGCUGCUUCGCUGUAGGCUUGAAGACGCAACGCUGCACCAAGAUAUCAAAGAUGAGAUAUGUGGUCUAAUCAUUUCAAAAGUUACUGGUCAAGAAAAGAUGGAGGCCAAGAGGAUAUUCAGAAUCCUACAGUGGGAGCUUGGAUUUGUCAGAGACUACUUUUACACCCUCUACCCUAUGGUCUUCUGUCAAGGUCUUUCUUCUCUCUGCUUCAGCGUCUUGCUGUCCAUGGUGACCUUCGCUGCCGCAUUUUGGCUGGCGAUCAGCAUCCGCAAGGCCUACGAGCCCACCGAAGAAACCGUUGUGCUCUGGGUGGGCGGAUGGAAUGUUGACGUUAUCAUCACUUGGGUGUUCCUCUUCAUGAUGUUCAAGGAGGUAUGGGAGAUCAUCACCUACCUGCUAUCAAACUGGACAAGAUUACUCCUUGUGUGCAAAUAUGUGCAGCAGAGCAUGGAGAGUGAGCAGCGCCAACGUUCAAGGAGGUCUGGGAGAUUGUCACCAACUGAGUAUCUGAUAAGUUUGUUCUUUGCCUCCAAAAUUGCUCUCACGGAGAGUAUGACAAGUUUGUUAUUUGUCUCCAAAAUUGCUGACCCAUGGGAUGGCCAAAUCGAUCAGUAUGAUUUCCUGCAGUCCUGUACUUACAACCCAUCAUUUUGGGAAAAGGCAAAAUCAGUUACCCUGGGAAAGACUGCAAGAAAAUUAGAUGGCAGAAUAUGUGGUGAGCCUAUCAAGAUCUCCGAAUGUGUAAAGAAAGCAAUCCUGCAGGCACUCGGCAAAAUAGGCCUCAACAAUGAUCAGCUUCCCAGAGAAAUCCCAUCACUUAACGCAGGCAACCAUUUUCAGAGGUACAAAUGGGCCUGCAUGGAUCUAGACACAUGCUCUCAGGUCAUUCUGGUGUGGCACAUCGCCACCAGCUUCUGCCAAAUCAAGCUGGUGAAAGAGGGUGAAAUUGAUUUAUCCAAGCCCGGGUUUGUGAGCUCAGCCUGGUCAUAUCUGAAAACACUCUGCCGCCCUUCCAAGCCAUGCAUUGUAGAUGAUAAAAUCCAAAAGCAACUUGACCUCAAGACUAAUUACGACACCGCAACCAGCUUGUCACGGUACUGUGCUUAUCUGCGGGUUUUUCGGCCUGAACUGUUGCCGGAUAGUUUUGUUGUACCAGACUUGAUAUUUCUAGAAACCUUGCAAAAAGCUCAGGAACAAGCCGAUGAUUGCAACUUGAAAUGGUGUUGGUAUAAUAAACUUAUGGUAGUAGCGCAAGAAGCUGCGGAAAACAAUCAGGAUGCUGCACGAAACCAUGUGGAUAGGAGGCUGAGCAUGAACAUAGUGCAGCAAGGUGCUACUUUAGGCAAGGACCUGAUUUCCAUGGAUAAAGAAAUGCGUUGGCAGAUUCUAGCUGGAGUGUGGGCUGAUUUAUUUGUGCACAUCGCCCCCAGUUGGAAUGCAGUAGAUCACAAGAACAACCUUGAGUCAGGAGGUGAGUUCAUAACCCUCAUAUGGGCAUUGCUUUGCCACUGUGGCAUCGAGAAGAGCAGCAUGUGGAAGAAUGGUAAAGUAUGUGAAAGCAAUGCUCAAGUACAAACCAGUAACACUGAGUCCACGGAGGAGCAGCAAGAAUCUGAAAGCAAUGCUCAGGUAUCUCAGGAAAAUAAUACUGAAACCAGCAACACUGAGCCCAUGGAGCAGCAAGAAUUUGAAAGCGACGCUCCAGAACCUCAGGAAAAUAAUACUGAAACCAGCAACAUUGAGCCUGAGAAGCAGCACAAGAAUCUGAAAGCAAUGCUCAGGUGUCUCAGGAAAACAAUACUGAAACCAGCAACACUGAGCCCGUGGAGCAGCAAGAAUCUGAAAGCAAUGCUCCAGAACCUCAGGAAAAUAAUACUGAAACCAGCAACACUCAGCCCGUGGAGCAGCAAGAAUCUGAAAGCAAUGCUCAAGUACCUCAGGAAAAUAAUACUGAAACCAGCAACAUUGAGCCCGUGGUGGAGCAACCAGAAUCUGAAAGCAAUGCUCAAGUACCUCAGGAAAAUAAUACUGAAACCAGCAACACCGAGCCAGUGGACGAGCAACCAGAAGCUGAAAGCAAUGCUCAAGUACCCCAGGAAAAUAAUACUUAAACCAGCAACAUUCAGCCCGAGGAGGAGGAGCAAUACGAUGAGGAUGAGACUGAGUGAUCAAGACUCUGAUACAAGCAGAUUUACAUGAAGCAUGCCGACACUACGAUUGGUUAGAAUAGUAAGUGGUGAAUUCACUUGGAGGACUAUUGGAGCAAGUGAAAGAAGCCCCUUGAACAGAUUCACUGCAUUUGUUGGAGCAAAGGACUUGUGGUUUGCAAAGUAUAUGUGUGAAGAGCCCCUGUCUGGGCCAUCUGAAUGUUGUUGUUGAUGAUGCUUCUUACUGUCAUCUUUGAUUGACUGUUGUGUAUUUCACCAGACACUCUGGGAUAAACUUGUAUGGUGAUUUCUUUUGUCAUGUUAUAUUUUCUGUUCUGCUUGCUGUAUCAGAUGAAAAAAGGAUGCAAGUUAACGUUAUUGUCCUAUAUCUUAAAAGUAGCCAAAUUUGUAAGCUGGAAUUCCCAGCAAACACUUGUUUA